GCUGAAUUGUCACGACAAGCUGAUUUCAGUGUUUGUGUUUUUGUGCGGUACUGAUUGGGGCUGCGUUCCGUUUGGUUUGCGUUCUUGCUUGUUGCUUGCUGCUUGCUUGCUGUCCUCUCUCUCUAUCUCUGUGCGCUUGUGAGUUGGAAAGGGAAGCAAAGCAUUCUUCACAACACACCACGCCUUCCUGUAUCUGACGACGAAACUGAAACAGCCGCCAACGAUCACGAUCCACCCAUCCAUCAAGCAACAAACAACAAACGUGCAGCAAUGAGUGUGAGCAAGGACGCCCAGCAGGUGCUUGCUUCCUUCAAGGACGGCGUGUGCGAUGACUGCGCCCACCUGUCCAUUGUCGUGCUUGGCGCCUCGGGCGAUCUCGCCAAGAAGAAGAUCUACCCCGUCCUUUGGAGCCUCUUCAAGCAUGACUUGAUCGACAAGGCAAACACCAUGUUCGCGGGCUAUGCCCGGUCCAAGCUCAGCCACGACGACCUCGUCGGCCGCAUCAAGCCCUUCCUCAAGAAGCCCUUUGGAAAGGACUCUGAGUCGUUUGCAAAGCUCAGCGACCAUCUUGGCAAGCUCUUCACGGAGGACCAGAUUUACCGCAUCGACCACUACCUUGGCAAGGAGAUGGUGCAGAACCUGAUUCUGCUGCGUUUCAGCAACAGGAUUCUUUCUCCGGCCUGGCACCGCGAUCACAUUGCGUGUGUGACCAUCACCAUGAAGGAGCCCUUUGGCACCAAGGGCCGCGGCGGCUACUUUGACGAGUUUGGCAUCAUCCGCGAUGUGAUGCAGAACCACCUGCUGCAGAUCCUGACCCUCGUUGCCAUGGAGAAGCCCGUGAGCCAGGCCUCGGACGACAUCCGUGACGAGAAGGUCAAGGUCCUCAAGGCCAUCCGGCCCCUCAAGAUUGACGACGUUGUGCUCGGCCAGUAUGUUGCGAGCAACAUCCCCGGCAACGAGGAGAGCACGAUGGGCUACAAGGACGACAAGGGCGUGCCCAAGGACUCGAAGACGCCGACCUUCGCCACGGCCGUGUUCUACAUCAACAACGAGCGCUGGGACGGCGUGCCCUUCAUCGUCAAGUGCGGCAAGGCGCUCAACGAGAAGAAGGCCGAGGUGCGCAUCCAGUUCAAGGACCAGCCCGCAGACAUCUUUGGGCAGACGGUGCGCAACGAGCUGGUGAUUCGCGUGCAGCCGGACGAGGCCGUGUACCUCAAGAUGAACGUCAAGUCGCCAGGCAUGUCCUUCGAGAUGGAACAGACCGAUCUUGACCUGUCGUACAACAAGCGCUUUGAGGGCGUGCGUCUCCCCGACGCUUACGAGCGCCUCGUCCUCGAAGUCAUUCGCGGCUCUGCCCUCCACUUUGUCCGCACGGAUGAGCUUGAGGAGGCCUGGCGCAUCUUCACUCCUCUUCUCCACGACAUCGACGCCGGCAAGGUCGAACCCAUCCCGUACAAGUUUGGAUCGCGCGGCCCGGAGGAGAGCGACGAGCUGGUGAAGAAGCUUGGCUACAAGUACACAGAGUACAACUGGCAGCCAAAGAACUGACCGCGCACACCCCCUGGCAUGCUGGGGUCGCCGUGUCGUCGUUGUUAUCGUCGUCAUUGCCGCAACUUUGCUGUGUUUGAGUGUUUGUGCCAGUGGGCCCACGUGCUGACUCCGUGUGCGUUUGUGCCCCCACUUCCCUGCUGCUGCGUUGUUUCUUGACCCAUGCUGUUCUGGUUUGCGCAUGCGCGCUUGUUCCUUUGUUGGGGCUCUGGCCUGCGGUCGUUGCUGUUGUGUGGCCACGAGUGUGUUUGGCAGGUGACUGCCCCGUCACAACACCCCUCACGGCGAACGCAUCUCCGCACCAUCUCACCUCCAUAAACCACAACAUGCGAAUGUGCUCGUUACAAUUGAUACACACACAACAAGGGAAGUGGGGCAAAAAAAGACUUGAAAGGGG